AUGAUAACGGCUAAUAAUGCUGACACGGACGAAGGAUUUGGUGAUAUCAACGUCGAUAAUGGUUACGAUAUCGACUUGAUAAAGGAAGAGGUACGGUGAUA